UUUGGGUCCUUUUUUUCUCUCACCUUGUGGUUAGAAUUCAAAAUGUGGUUAUCCACUUCCCCAACUGCAUUGACAGUUGCUGUUUCAGUUCCUUCCUCUCUUACUCCACAGGAUUUCAGCUGGAGAAAGUUUAAAUUGAAGAGAAAUGUGAAGAUUUCAAGAAAUUUUGAAUUUGCUAUCAGUUGUUCUGGUGAUAAAGCUGUUUCAAUUGGGUUUGAUGUGCCAUUCCCUAAGGACUACACUGAAUUACUUCAACAAGCUAAAGAAGCAACUGAAUUGGCAUUGAAGGACAACAGACAACUGAUGGAAAUUGAAUUUCCAACUGCUGGGUUAGGUUCUGUACCAGGUGACGGUGAGGGUGGAAUAGAAAUGACUGGAAGUAUACAACUAAUACGUGAGUUCUGUGAUCUCUUGGUUAUACCGGAGAAAGCCACAAAAACCAGAAUUUUUUUCCCGGAGGCUAAUGAAGUGAAAUUUGCAAGACAAUCAAUUUUUGGAGGAGCAUCUUUUAAAUUGGACUAUUUGACAAAGCCUUCUUUUUUCGAGGAUUUCGGUUUCACCGAAAAGGUCAAGAUGGCUGACCGUGUCAAGCCAGAAGAUGAACUCUUUAUAGUUGCCUAUCCAUAUUUUAAUGUCAAUGAGAUGCUUGUCGUGGAAGAGCUAUACAAAGAAGAAGUGUCGAACACUUCCAGGAAACUGAUUAUAUUCAACGGAGAGCUUGAUCGAAUAAGAUCUGGUUAUUAUCCACCAUUCUUCUAUCCGAAGCUGGCUGCACUAUCCAAGACUCUUUUUCCUAAGAUGGAGACGGUAUAUUAUAUUCACAAUUUUAAAGGACGAAAUGGAGGAGUCCUGUUUAGGUGUUACCCUGGUCCUUGGAAAGUUUUCCGAAGAGUAGGAAGUACCUACAUCUGCUUGCAUCAGCAGGAAUCAAUGCCAUCCUUGAAAGAAGUUGCUUUGGACAUCCUUCCAUCAGCUUGAUUGUUUUGUUUAUAAAUUACAC